ACGCGGAGUGUCUUAAUAGUGAUUUAUAUAUUAGUGACUUAGAGAGUUCUAGCGAUUGAUUUUCAUGUCAUCGCUUCGGAGGUGAACUUAAAGAAAACUCCGGUGGUGAUUUAGACGACGAGUUUAUCCACCGGUGUGAUCAAUUGACUUUUUUUUGGCGUGCCCCCAUUGAUUUUCUUGACGUCGAACGGUAUUAGAAAAGGGCAGCAAACUGUACGGGCACAGGCAAGAAGAGAUGCACACGAUGGAGACGGACAUGAAGGGCGGCAGUCUGCAUGCUCAGAUGCCACCGCAUCCACACCAGGGUGUAUCACCGAUGGGCCAUCAUACUGGGAUGUCUCCUUACGGAUCUUUAGGCUCGAUAGUUCAUAGCUCCGCGCUGUCGGGGAGCCCACCCAGCGCGGGUGGCUUGGGCCUCGGUCUUCAACAUCAUCAUCAAACUUCUCAACAUCAUUACGCAAUGUCAGCUGCCGCCGUCGCCGCCGCGGCCGUGCAACAGCAGCAGCAACAACAGCAACAGCAGAGCAUGCACGCAAUGGUAGUUCAACAGAGCGCUCAGCAACAGCAACAUCAUGCUCAUCAGCAACCACAACAGCAACAGUCGCAGUCACAGCAGCAUCAUCAAGCUAAUAAUCAUAGCAAUCCAAAUAAUCCUAACAACCCCAGCAAUUCUUCCAACGCCAAGAAUAACAACAUGGAUCGCGUAAAGAGGCCAAUGAAUGCAUUCAUGGUAUGGUCGCGUGGGCAACGGCGCAAGAUGGCUCAAGAAAAUCCGAAAAUGCAUAAUUCCGAAAUAUCGAAACGCCUUGGUGCCGAAUGGAAACUUCUCAGCGAAGGAGAGAAGCGUCCGUUUAUUGACGAGGCGAAGCGGCUGCGCGCCGUUCAUAUGAAAGAACAUCCCGAUUACAAGUAUCGGCCACGUCGCAAGACAAAGACGCUCAUAAAGAAAGACAAGUUUCAGCUCGGCGGAGCAGUCGCCGGCGUCGGUGGAAUGCUCGGUGUGGAUCAACGGCAAGUAGGUACCAGCGGAGGACCGCAGCAGCCGCAAUUAUCGCGAGACGUAUAUCAGAUGCCCAACGGGUACAUGCCCAACGGUUACAUGAUGCAUGAUCCAACAACGUAUCAGCAACACGUCGCGUACAGCAGUCACAUGGGUGGUGCUGCAACAGCUGCCUCGGCUGUGGCCUAUCCUAGGUACGAUUCCAUGGGACAUCACAUCGGUGGCAGCAGUCCUAGUCCUAUCAAUAUGAACGGCUAUGGCGGAUACGGUGGAUACGGCGGUACCACUGUACCCGGUGGAUCACCAUCACCUUAUCAUCAGGCUCAGACGGGUUCUCAGAUAUCCAGUAGUCAUAGUCCUAGUGGCAGCAGCAUAAAGUCCGAGCCUACGAGCCCAGCGAGCGGUGGCAUACAUACACCGACGCCGACGGGCGGCCCGACGCCGACGGGCGCGGCUGGUCCUGCCGGCCAGGUCAAGAGGGAAUACAUGGGGCAGCAGCAAACGAGCCAACAGGCAUCGCAAGGAGAUCUCCGGCAGAUGAUCUCUAUGUAUUUGCCGCAAGGCAUCGAGCAGGGAGUCGUGCAACACGGUGGAAGCGUCUACCCACCGGGUCCAUCACCUGACUCAUUGACGCAACAUCAUACAACCAUGCAGCCGAUUACACACAUGAAUCUCGUAGCUUAAAGAGAAGCAAACUGGAUGGACAUCUGUGCAAAUGGAAGCCCUGUAGAAAAUAACAGAAAAAAAGAAAACCAGAGAAAAAAAGAAAAAAAAAAGCGCGCGAAAGAUAAAAUGCGAAGUAAAGAGAAAUGCAUUAUUAGUAAGAGGGGGAGGGGGAAGGGGAAAGAGAGAGAGAGAAAGAGAGAGGGAGAGAGAAAGGUAAUAAACACAAAAGGAAAAAGUAUAAUAAAAUAUAUUAUAUUUCAAGACAAUUUUCAUGGUAAAGACGAAUACAGUCUGCAGAGCGCAUACAUAACCAUACUCAUAAACGGACGGAGGCUUCCUUAUUCGAGGUUUGGAG